UAAAACCCCCUUUCCUUUUUGUUUGGUCGCUCUUAGAUCUUCUUCGCUUCACACCCCCGCCGUCGCUUAUCACCGGUCAACUCUGAACAACAAAACCAUGGCCACUCAAGCUGCUGCUGCCUCUUUCAAUGGCAACCUUAAGAAAGCUGUGGCAGGUAUCAAACGUAUCAAUCUCGACGGUCUUCGUUGGCGUGUUUUUGAUGCCAAAGGCCAGGUUCUCGGUAGACUUGCUUCUCAGAUAUCUACCGUCCUUCAAGCCAAAGAUAAGCCUACUUAUUGUCCUAACCGCGAUGAUGGCGAUAUUUGCAUUGUUCUCAAUGCUAAGGAUAUCGGCAUCACCGGCAGAAAGCUCACUGACAAGUUCUACCGCUGGCAUACUGGGUACGUUGGACACCUGAAAGAACGGAGUCUGAAAGAUCAGAUGGCCAAAGACCCCACCGAGGUCAUCCGCAAGGCUGUCUGGCGCAUGCUUCCAACUAACAAUUUGCGUGAUGACAGAGAUCGGAAGCUGAGGAUAUUUGAAGGCAAUGAGCAUCCUUUUGGGGACAAGCCACUUGAGCCAUUCGUGAUGCCUCCUCGUACAGUGAGAGAGAUGCGACCGCGCGCAAGACGUGCAAUGAUCCGUGCCCAGAAGAAGGCAGAGCUGGCAGAAAAUGGUGGAACAGAGGUAAAGAAAGGCAAGAAGAGGACUCCCUCUCAAGUAACUGCGUAGAAGAAAAGCCUUCAGAGAGAAACUUAGUAAUGUGAUUCGUCUUAUAUAAUAAGCAACGAUCAUAAUGCAGGCGUGGAUAAGCUUGUAAGGUUUUCUUGUUUCUGGAUGUCUGACAAUAUACCGGACCUGAAGCCAAACCCACCCCUUCUUUUUAUAAACAAAAUAUACUCUCGUUUCUGGCUAGCUUCUCCCUUUCUUGUUGGUCACUUAACUUUUGAAAUUGAUAAAAUUUGCGAAUA